AUGGCUGCCAAGCACGAGAACCCCUCGUUCAUCUUGAACGCCGUCAAGAACGUGACCAUCGAGGACCGCCCGAUCCCAACGCUCAAGAACCCCACCGAUGUGCUCAUCCGUGUCAAUGUCACUGGUAUCUGUGGGUCUGAUGUCCACUACUGGGAACACGGCCGCAUCGCCGACUUCAUCCUGACCGCACCCAUGGUCCUCGGCCACGAAUCCGCCGGCACCGUCGUCUCCACCGGCCCCGCCUGCAAAACGCUCACCGCCGGCGACCGCGUCGCCCUCGAGCCCGGCGUCCCCUGCCGCCUCUGCCCCUUCUGCAAAGCCGGCACCUACAACCUCUGCACGUCCAUGCGCUUCGCCGCCACCCCGCCCUACGACGGCACGCUCGCAAAGUACUACGUCCUCCCCGAGGACCUCUGCGUGCGCCUCCCCCCGCACGUCUCGAACGACGAGGGCGCGCUCGUCGAGCCCCUCGCCGUCGGCGUCCACGUCGUCCGCCAGGCCGAGGUCCAGCCGGGCAACACCGUCGUCGUGUUUGGCGCGGGCCCCGUGGGGCUCCUGAUCGCUGCCGUCGCGAAGGCACACGGCGCGGUAAAGGUCAUCAUGGUGGAUAUUGUGCAGCCGCGGUUGGAGUUUGCGAAAACGUAUGCUGCGACUGGCACGUUCAACGCGAUGCAUUCGCGCGAUCCGAAGGUCAAUGCCGCGGAGAUCAUUAAGCAGUUUGACCUCGGCUAUGGCGCGGAUGUCGCCAUUGAUGCGUCGGGCGCGGCCCCGUCGAUCAAUACGGCGAUCCAUGUGGUCCGCACGGGCGGGACGUAUGUCCAGGCGGGCAUGGGCGCCGACGAGAUCUCGUUCCCGAUCAUGGCCAUGUGCUGUAAGGAGAUCACGAUGAAGGGCAGCUUCCGCUACGGGCCGGGCGACUACAAGCUUGCCGUGGACCUGCUGGCGGCGGGGUCCGUGAGUGUCAAGGAGCUCAUCACGAGUAGGUUUAAGUUUGAGGAUGCCGAGAAGGCGUUUGAGGAGCAGAAGAAGGGGAAGGGGAUCAAGAUCUUGAUUGACGGGCCCCAGGAUUAA